AUGGUGCUUCAUUGGAAGGCGCCAACCGAGUCAGGCUGCCACCUGAACCAGUCAAAGGUCCUGCUCUCAACAGACUACCUGGAAGACGGUGCCCCCAUCAACGCCAAUGCUCCCUCGAGCACCACCGUGGAGCUGUGGGGCGUGCUCAGUGGCGAGUCCUGGACGCGAGGUCGCGACUUCUUCGGAAGGGGGGAGUCUGAGGGUGAGGAAUCGGUCUCCUUGAACGGCAGCGAGGAGGAUUUCGACGAAUCCAGAUGUGGAGACGACGACGAUGCGCAGGUGGAUGGUGACCGGUUCUGGCAGGAGAAGGAGCAGCUUCCGUUCGACGGUCUGUUGCUGACCAACGAACACGUCGGCCAGAUGCUGGUCCAGGAAGUGGCGGUGGGUGGAAACCAUUGCAUUCUGGUGACCGAUGCCGGCCACGCCUUCGCGUAUGGAUCCAACUGCAGGGGACAACUGGGGCUCGGAGACUUCAGCUAUGAGGAUCACGACCCAUCCAGCCUCGCACUCGCCGCGAUACCGCCGCUGAAAGGACCAGGCGCGCAGCCUCAGAAAAUCAUUGGCGCAGCAUGCGGAGGCGAGCACACCUUGCUGCUGACGAGAGAUGUGGAUGGCACGGCACAAAAGGCCUACAUCUGCGGGGCAUGGGAGGCCUGCGGUCUGGACAGCUGUCAGGACCGGGCCAUUCCCACCCUGCUGCCGUUCCAGCACAGCGUCUCUGCAGUGGCUGCUCGAGUUGGGUGCAGCUGCUGUGCGGUGGCCGAAUCUGACUCCCAGAAAGGCCAUCUUCUUUACCUUUGGGGUGAAGUCGAUUGCUGUCCUUGCCCUGAUGUGCUGGAUCAGCCGACGCCGUGUUUCCGACUGGAGCGACCGGUCCGGACUCUGAAACUUGGCUCUGCAUUCGGCCUGGCCUUGGACACGGCUGGAGAAGUUUUCGCAUGGGGGGACAGCACCUAUGGGGAGCUGGGCAACGCCCCGAUAGAGCCGCGGGCGCCGCACAGCCCGUUACAUGCAGAGACCUCGCAGCUCCCAGUUCCGGGAAAAGUCGUCCUCCCUCGCGAUCCAGCUCCACGAGCACAGGACGCGGCUGCCAAGAAGGAGGGUGCAGACGACAAGCCGAAGGCCGUCAUUGACAUCGCCUGUGGCGAGCGUUUCUCCUUGCUGCUGGACGAGGAUGGUCGCCUCUAUGCCUUCGGUGAAAACCUGGCGGGACAGUGCGGCGUUCCAGAAGCUGUGGGCUCCGGGCAUAUCACCGGCUGUGCUGUGCAGCGUGUACGCUUUGUGCCGGUGGAGCGAGCUGUCCCUCAUCACGAUGGUACGACAUCCUACCAGCCAGAGAAUUUCGCUCAUCAUCAUGAUGGCCGAGUGCUCCACGCAGGGCAUUCCCACGACAUGCAGGGCGUGGACAUCUCAGAAGGCGACCCCGGCUUUGCCAUGCUUCUCACCUUGCUCGCCGGCUUGGCUACGACGGUCGGUGCAGCAAUUGCUUUCUGUGCCAACACAGAUGACAACCGUGUAUUUGCGAUUUGCCUGAGCCUGUCGGCUGGGGUGAUGGCAUACGUGUCCUUCUCCGAGAUUCUGGAGAUGACAAAGCAGAGCUUCAAGGAGGCCAACCUCACAGAUAGGAGUGCCCUCACACUCGGGACCCUGACGGUCUUCUCUGGGAUACUCCUCACUUGCUUAGUAGAUUCCUUUAGCCACUGGCUGUGCCACAAGAGACAGCCUGGCGAAAUUGUUAUAAGUGACGCCCCCGUGCCGCAAGCAGAUUCCGAAAAGCCCCUGCCCGGCCUGCCAGUCGGCAAGUCCGAGCGGUUGAACAUGAUACAGAUGGCUGCAUUCUCAGGGAUUGCUGUCGCCUUGCACAACUUCCCCGAAGGCAUCGCAACCUUCAUUUCGACGAUGGGCAAUCCCAGCUUUGGGCCAGCGAUGGCUUUUGCCAUAGCCGUGCACAACAUCCCGGAGGGCCUGGUUGUGUCAGCACCCAUCAAAAAGGCCACUGGCUCGAAGUGCAAGGCUUUUUUUUGGGCCUUCGCUUCCGGCCUCUCCGAACCACUGGGCGGGCUGCUGGGAUGGUUGGUCCUCAAGGACAUCCUCGGGCCCAGAACCUACGGCGUUUUCUAUGGCCUUACGGCCGGGAUCAUGAUCCACGUCGCCUUUAAGAAGCUGCUGCCGACUGCCCUGAAGUACGAUCCGGAGAAUCGCUACACGUCCUACUCCUUCUUCAUCGGAAUGGCCAUCAUGGCCAUCUCGCUGAUAGCCUUCAGUGGUGCCCGGGUCUAUGCUGGACGCUGGCACUCCGCAAUGAUUACUCGCGACCAUCGCCUCUACGUUUGGGGUCACCCCAGCAAUCGGAAGCUGGGCCACGCUGGCUUCAACCACGAUGGCACCGAGGCCGGCGAAAAUCCGGCAGUCGGCGGCGGCAGGGCUUCGCAAAAGAACAAGGCAAGACCUCCUGGUGUUGCCGUGAGAAGUGCUUUGCGGGAUGCCGUGCGUCGACCACGCUUGGUUUUCGCAAUGCUGCAUCGGAGGGUCAGGAGUGUAGGCCUGGGUGACGAGUGCACUGUCAUCGUCUCCGGCGACGGAGGCCGCGAGCACGAGGAGGAUCCGCUGAUGCCAGGCUUCGCCUCCGUGGUUGCAUCCGACAUGCCCAAGGCCUCCGAGAUGGAGUUUCCACGGGACUUGCCCGACCUCGAGGCAUUGGAAACACCCGCGGAGAACAGCCGCGAGGAAGAGGAAGAGGGUAGAUGGACGAACAUGUGCCCAGAUCCAGAGUCCGCGUCUGCAUGCAAAAAGAGCAAGAAUCACCAGUUCCUCACGAAAGAGCUGCCGCCGAAGCCCAUUGUAUGCAUCCUGGGCGGCACGGCCAUCUCGAAGGCAGAUACCCAGGAGACUGUUAAGGAAUUGGCCGAUGCUUUGAGUGCCAGAGUCGGUUCUCGAGCCGUCUUCAUGACCGGUGGCAUGGCAGGAGUGCAGAAGGCAUUCGCAGACAGCUGCCCUGAACACAUGCCGCUCUUUCAUCUCACGCCUUUUGGUGAGAAGAGCAACUUCGAUAUGGGGCAGGAUGUCCAUGCAGGUGCUUCUUUGGCGGAAAGAAAGGACGUGUAUGGUUUGCUUGGCGAUCUGUACAUCACGAUCGAGGGCGGGCCGGGAGUCGCUGGGGAAGCCAAGGCUGCCGCUGAGCGUGGCGCAGCUGUGAUACCUCUGAUUCGUAGCGGCGGUGCCAGCGCAGGGAUGUUCGACUUCCCCGCCGGAGCCCUGAACAAGCCUGCAUGGGCUCUUGAACCACAGUGGGCUCUUCUGUCGAAGGAGGUGGCCCCGGAUUUCCGGCGAGUUGCAUGA